CUGCGGGUGUAGCUUCCCGAGCCCCGGAUAACAGAACGAGGACGGGCAGGCUCGUGGUCCGGUUUGUUUCCAUAUGGGCCUGGUAAUCCUUUCAGCGCCUUGCGACAGAAGAAAGGACCGGGGGUGAUGGAGUGAAACCGAAGGAGGGAGAUUUAGGCUAGAGAGAAAGGAGGAGGCUCUGAGGCACCGGAACAGGUCGCCCAGAGGAGCUGAAGAUGCUCCAUCCCCGGAACCGUUCCAGAUCAGGCUGCAUGGGGCUUGGGGCAUCCCGGUCCGCUGGAAGGUGUCACGGCAGGGACCUAGAACCGCAAGAUCUUUAAGGAUCUUCCAGCCCAGGCCGUCCUGCGAUUCAAUUGCACUUCAGUUCAAAUAACCCGGUGGCUCCGGUUCAGCUUUCCUGGCUGUGCGCUCUCAGGCCUUGCACUCUUUUUCACCUGCUUCCAUAGCAACCGCUUCGUCUCUGCGGCGUGGAGCAGCCAGCCUCCUCCUCUGCAGGCAUGGCUUCUGUGCCAGGGCACCGAGCAGGGCUGCUUUACGGCGGCGGCAAAACCGGGAGAAGAGGGAAACCACCCUACUGCAAUCGGGACAGACAGUGGCAGAGCCAGCCUGGCCUGUCGGUUUGAGGCUCAUUGGGCCAUUUCAGUGAGAAAAAUGAGGUGGUAGGCUGUAAAAAGGGAACUGUGGUGAUGUCUACUUACAGAUUGGCUGAGCUGUGUGAAAACAAGGACACAGAUAUAGGCAAGAGAGAGAGUCUCCGUCAGAGUCGGUGUUUGUGUUUUCUCUCUGGGCUUCUGCUGUGUAACCCAACUAACCGUUCUGCUUCACACCCCCCUUGCCGACCCUCACAGCUCACCUUGCAGGCAAGAACUGCAAUGAGUAAACGCAAGGCAAAGGAGAGCAGUGGAGCCAGUGCAGAAUGCAUUUCACAGGUGCAGAAAGUCUUACGUGAGAGGUUCUGUCAUCAUGACGCUACUGGAAAACUAUUUGGGCUUGAACAUCAGUACAGAAACCUGCUGGAACUGCUGAAACGAACUACAGUUCAUGGAGAAAGUAAUUCUGUCCUCAUCAUUGGACCUCGAGGUUCAGGAAAGACCGCGUUAUUAAAUCAUGCCUUGAAAGACCUCAAGGAAAUGAAACAAGUUCAGGGGAACCUGUUGGAAGUUCAUCUGAAUGGGCUUCUGCAGACUAAUGAUAAAAUUGCCCUGAAGGAGAUCACCAGACAGUUGCAGCUGGAAAAUGUGGUGGGGGAUAAAGUUUUUGGCAGUUUUGCUGAAAACCUUGCCUUCCUCCUUGAAGCUUUAAAGAAAGGAGAUCGAGCCAGCAGUUGUCCAGUCCUGUUUGUGCUGGAUGAGUUUGACUUGUUUGUGCAUCACAAGAACCAGACACUGCUCUACAACCUCUUUGAUGUGUCCCAGUCGGCACAGACUCCAGUCACAGUGGUUGGGCUCACAUGCAGGCAGGAUAUCCUGGAGCUCUUGGAGAAGAGAGUGAAAUCAAGGUUCUCCCACAGACAGAUCUAUCUGCUGAAUUCCUUUGAUUUUAGACAAUACCUUAAGAUAUUCAAGGAGCAGCUUUCUCUUCCUGACAAAUUUCCUGAUGACUCUUUUGCACAAAGAUGGAAUAACAACAUUCAGAGCCUAGCAGAGGAUAAAGUUGUGCAAGAUGUGCUGAAGAACCUUUUCCACCACACCAAAGACCUGCGCUCGCUUCACUUGCUGUUGAUGCUGGCUGUGUGCAGGGUUACUGUGCAGCACCCACUUGUCACUCCAGCACACCUGCAGGAGGCGAGCAAGCACUUCGGAGCCGACUCAAAAGCCAACAUCGUACAUGGUUUGUCUGUCCUGGAAAUCUGCCUGAUCAUAGCCAUGAAACACCUGAAUGAUGUCUAUGAAGGAGAACCUUUUAACUUUCAGAUGGUUUACAAUGAGUUCCAGAAGUUCACCCAGAGGAAGGCACAUUGCAUGAACAACUUUGAGAAGCCAGUUGUGAUGAAGGCCUUCGAGCACCUGCUGCAGCUGGAGCUGGUGAAACCCAUCGAGAGGCCGAGCGUGCGCGCUCAGAAGGAGUACCUGCUGAUGAGGCUGCUCCUGGACAACAACCAGAUCAUGGAUGCUCUGCAGCUCUACCCCAACUGCCCCACGGAUGUCAAGCAGUGGGCAGCCUCUUCCCUCAGCUGGCUCUGAGCCUCUGCAGCCUGCAGUGUCACUUCUGGCAGCAGCCCGGUGGGGUCCCUGCCAGCCCCAGCAGCUGGAUGUUUGCCCACAGCAGGGAAGGCAGCUCCACACGCUUUGGUUUUGUUGGCUUCGAAGGACAACUCCAGUGCUGGUAUCUCCUGGUGGCCAUAAACGUGAGUGAGUGCAACUCUGGGGCAGCUCAGCACCGAGCUUUGCUCCCUCAGACCAUUUCCUGUCUGCAGGAGCCAGCCCCCUGGGGCCUCUCUGCACUGCACACUGAUGCACAGACACAGCUCCACUCUGUCUGCUUUUUCUUCUCCCAAGUUGACUUGACACAGAGAAUUGACCUCAUUAAAGCUCCAAUCACAACCAA